CAUACCGUAGAAGAAAUCCCAUCGGCAAUUGGCAACUUCUCCGGAUAUCUUCGCCGUCAGCUGUUGAUCAAUUGUCUGUGGUCAAAAAUGUCUUUGCGAGUCUUAGUCGGCGUGAAAAGAGUAAUUGAUUAUGCAGUUAAAAUCAGAGUACGCCCAGACAAGCUGGGAGUGGUAACAGAUGGUGUAAAGCACUCUAUGAAUCCUUUUGAUGAGAUUGCUGUGGAAGAAGCUGUGAGACUCAAGGAGAAGAAGAUUGCUAAGGAAGUUAUUGCUGUAUCAUGUGGACCAACACAAGCACAGGAAACUAUUCGAACAGCAUUAGCCAUGGGUGCCGAUAGGGGCAUUCAUGUAGAGGUGCCAGCGAAAGAAAUGGAAAAAUUAGAGCCACUUCAUGUAUCCAAGAUUUUAGCCAAAUUAGCUGAGAAGGAAGGAGCAGAACUUGUUAUUGUUGGUAAACAAGCUAUUGAUGAUGACACUAAUGCUACAGCUCAGAUGACUGCUGCUCUUUUAGACUGGCCACAAGCUACUUUUGCUUCAAAGAUUGAAAAGACAGAUGGUGAAAUAGAGGUGGUCCGUGAGAUAGAUGGUGGUCUAGAAACUAUCAAGGUGAAAUUACCAGCUGUAGUUUCUGCAGAUCUGCGUCUCAAUGAACCAAGAUAUGCAACGUUGCCAAAUAUCAUGAAAGCUAAGAAAAAGAAGAUUGCCAAGAUGAAGCCUGCAGACCUUGGAGUGGACACCACACCUCACUUCGAUGUAGUAGAUGUCUCAGAUCCUCCUGCAAGAGCUGCUGGUAUAAAAGUAGAGGAUGUGGACACACUGAUUGCAAAGUUGAAAGAAGUUGGACGCAUAUAGUAGAUACUAGCAUUUCAUAACCUAGGAACAUGAGGAACAGAGAGAGGAAGAGAGAGAGAGCGCUGCGAGCUAUAACAAUGCAAUUUAUAUUAAGUAUACAUUUUUUUGGGAAUCUUUUCUUUUAUUGUAAAUGAAACUAAUUUUAUAGAAUGUACAGAAUUAUAUAAAUUCAUUAGAAA